AAAAUGCAACUAUGAAGACUCUAACCAUCGUUGUUGAAACUAGGAUCCCAGUUUUAAGAGACGUGGCUGUGGUGGCCCCUGUGAGUCCCCGACAGCCGCGGUGGGGCAGCCGAGGGUCUUCCGUGAACGUCCGCUGGCCUCACGCCGGGGCAUGGCUGUGCAAGGGCAGCUUGGCGCUCGGGCCCUCACGGAGGGGCCUGGGUCAGGCCACAUGGGGGCGUCGCAGGGGUCUCUGUGCACCUGUGCACAAGCAGACGCACACACGUCACAGCCGCGCACACGUACACACGCAGCACAUGUCUGCGCACGUGGGAGGCACACACCACACACUCACCCCCCUCACUGCAGGCCGGACCCAGAGGCCGGGGAGCCGCAGAGGGAGGGGGCAGUGGCUCCACACCCGUCUCAGGCCUGUGGGUUCAGCCCCAGACCCGGGGGCCUGGCCUCCCCUCUGUGACAAAGAGCCCCGGAGAACGGGGAGUGGCCUCCUGAGGAAAGGCCUCGGGGCUCUGGUCUGGCACGGCCCUGGAGGCGGCACCUCGGGCACAAGUCCGAGGGCUGUGGGUGUCCCGUGGGACGGCCUGGUGGGGGGCAUCCAGAUCACAGGGAACUUGGAAACGAGCACCCGCUGGAAACCCCCUUGGGGGCCUCAGUGGCUGAGGGUCCCCAGGCACCAUUUAAUUCUUAGUUUGUAGGUUGUAGGACAUGGGUUAAAACUGCAGCCGGUCCUGGACUCAGUGUUAAAACACAACCUCAGAUUUGCUAGUUUAAGGUACAUGAUCUGUGUGACUUAACGUCGGCCUUUCUAGAUUUAUGCCAGGGGUUCAACCCUCAGACAAGUCGCUCUCUUUAUGGUUUUUUACUUUCAAUUAGGACAUCACUCUGCUUCUCCAUGGCCAUCCCAAAUCACGAAGGCGUCGCAGUCCGGCCCCCGAGCGCUGCUGUGGAUCUGGUAUUUCCCGCUGCCACGCUCUGGUGUUUUCCACGGCAGCCAAUGCCUGAGGGCCGGGUUCAAGCACACGGCCCCGGGCAGGUCCGGGCCCCGACGGCAGGCCCGGUGUGAUUGUCGCCCAUGUGGGGACACCCCGAGGCUCCAUCACAUCCUCAGGGGUACCAUCGAUGCCCACUGCCACCUCCCCGCGGUCAGGCAGGCCUCCCCGUGCAGGAUGGCACGUGCGUGUGUGUGCGUGCGUGUGUGUGCAUGUGCAUGUGUGUGCAUGUGUGUGUGCAGACACAGAAGAAAGGACCAGAAGGAAACACACCAAGAUGUUAACGUGGAGAUUGGGGCAGCUUCGAGCCUUUCUGGGUCUCUCCUGUUCUCCGGUCCUUUCUUCCGUGACCCGCCCUGGAGGAGCCGUGCCCGCUCCCUGCUGCGCUCCGGCUCAGUCCACCGCAAACCCAGAACGACCUGGCAGUCCCCUCCGUGACGGUGGCCCUGUUGCCGGGCUGCUUCGUGGGUGUGGAACUGGGUCAUUUUCUUCCUCUGGGAAGCUGUGACUCUUCUUGAAAUACAGCAGGGGCCCCUUUCUUGAGCGCUCCUGUGGCAGCAGCACUUCCCAUCACUGAGCCUCUCCGGGUGCGCCCGGGAAAUGCCCCAGGAGCAGCCGGGCCGGACCAUCACUGCCCAGUGGGGUCAGGCCCAAGGCCAGCCAGCCCGUGCUUGGGCACCACUUGCCCGGACACGGUUCUCUGAAUAAAAUGCGAUGAGGACGGCUGGGACGUGUGCACGCCUUGGGAGCCGGCCGCCCAGGCUGCGUCCUGCCUGGCAGGACCCUGUCACUGGAUCCAGGACCCCAAUCCAGGUCCCCGUCUCAAGGCCCACAUCACCUCUGCAGAGACCCUUUUCCCAGUGUAGUCACACUCCCACGUUCAGGGAGACGGGAACUUUUGGGCCACUGUCCGGCCCAGCGCCGGGGCCUGAGGAGGCCCAGCUGGGACAUCACGUCCGAGAGGCCCCCAUGGUGGGGGUACCGGGUGAGCCCCAUGGCUCAGAGGGGCCCGGCUCCAGGGGCCGCAGGCGGCACUUGCUGUAGGGGGGUAAAGAGGACCCUCGUUGGCCGAACGGUCAGGUGAACAUCCAGACCCCGGACCCCAGCCUGGGCGGGGAAGGGUGGCCUGAUGGGAGCAUGCUGAGGUCUGUAAAGUGGUGCACUCCCCCCACGAAGGGGCCGGCUCUGUGUGUGUGCCGGCAGCGAGACGUACUGGUGGGUUUGUCUCUGGUGGGUGCAGGAUCACCUCUGCCCCUGGGAUUCCAGGAGGCCUCGGACGCCCAGGGUUCCGCUCGUCUGGCCAAGGCGCGGGAGGGGGUGUGCGGGGCCUCCCUGGGCUGCCCCACCCAGGCCCCCGAGGCCUGGGUGACCCUAGUGGUGGCCGGGAGCAGUGACGGAUGGUCGAACGGGAACCAGACAGCACUGGGACGUGAAGGGCUCAUCAGAAAGGAGGGUCCACGCCCCCCUCCUGUGAGCCUGCCUCCGUCUCACUGUGGGGACGGCACCCCGCAAGCAGGAGGCCGGGAGCUGCGGAACUCGCUCGCCACAGCGGGAGGCUGGGAGCCUGGACCAGCCACGGGGGCCGCGCGCCCCCCAGGCUCUCGGAGCAUCUGUCCCGUGGCUCCUGGUGACCUCGAGCUCCCAGCGCCGCCCCAUCCCGCACGGCCACCCCCACCUGCCGUGUCCCAGUUGCCUCUUCCUCUGAAGAUGCAAGUCCCGCUGAACAAGGGCCACCUCCUGCAGUGA